AUGAAAAUUGCAAAAGUGGUUGAAUGGAAACCCAUAUAUAUAGAUUUGAACUUAAUGGAGAUGUUAUUACAACCAUUUUCCUUGAUAAAUCAUUUUAAUCAAGAGAAGAAGAAAUCAGUGAAUAAAGUUUAAACAUCAUCUUUUGCUUAUAAUUCUAUGAUAGUUUAAGAUAUAAAUUGUUUAAAUGAAUUGGAAUAAUUGAAUGAAAAAAUUGUAGAAAGACUUUGUAGGGAUAUGAAUAAGUGUGAUUAAUUUUAUAAUUUACAUCAAUAGUAAAUAUAAGUGAAAUUAAGAAAGUUGAUAUAUAACAUAUUCAUUUAUCAAGAUCUUUAAAAGAUAGAAAAUAUUAAAUCAAAAUUGUAUAUACUCAAAUAAUAUUCAGAGAUGUUAUAUUUAGAAUGCAAUCUAUUAGAAUAAUUUGCAUAAUUUAAUGAAAUUGUUAUUAAAAAGGUUCUAAAAAAGUACAAAAAAUAAGUAUUUAUCUAAGAUCCUUAUUACAAUUUAUAAAAAAUGUAGAGUGUUUAUAAUGAAUUAUAAAUAUUUAAUAAUCGUCAGGAUAUUUAAAAGAUACAAGUAAAAUUAAAGUUGCUAUAUUCUCGUUGUCUUUCUUCAAAAUAGCAGAAUAAGAAUAUUCGGAAAUUAAAAUAUCAUAAUAUUUAUAAAGGAUUUACAAGAAAAGAAUAAUUAUUAAUAGGAUUGUAUUUGGGUGGUACUUUCUGUUUAUUUAUAUACAUAAUAUCAAAGAGAAACUAAUUAAAUAAUAAUUUUUAUAAGAAGUAUGAAAUUAAAAUAUAAAUAGUCAAUUUUAUUAUGAUUUAUAUUUUCCAAUGUUUAGAGGGAUUGGAUUAAUGAUUUUAUAUUAUUGGUCAUUAAUAUUUUGUGUAUAUUGUUGGAUUAAAGGGAAUGUUGGAUAUAGAUCUAUAUUUAAUUUUUAAUAUCAUAGUUCUUCAAUUAAUUAAUUAAUCAAAAGAGCUGCAUUAAUAACAUUAUUAUAUUUUACAGUGUUAAUUAUUAGUUUGUAAAAGGAACUUUAUCUUGAAGAAGAAAAUGAUAAAAAGUAAUAUCUCUUAGAUUACAUAACAGAUAAAAUAGCUUAUGAUCCUGCAAUAGGUCCAUUAGUAUUAUGGAUAAUUAUGAUGCUCUAUAUGAUUUGGCCUUCUAAAAGUUACUUGAAUGCAAAAGGGAGAAAAUAUUUUUGGAAGAUUGUUUAUACAAGUAUAUUGGCAGGGUUUUUUGACUGUCCAUUUGUUAAUGGUUGGUCAACAGAUUAAUUAUUAUCAUUAGUAUUGAUGCUUAAAGAUUUUGGUUAUACAGUAUGUUUUUAUAUUAAAUACUUCCAGAAUAUUAGUGAUUAUUAAUCUUAAGCUACUUGUGGUGAUCCUAAAAAUUUAUAGAUUGGUUUAAUAGUCUGUUUGAUUCCUAUAUUCUUAAGAUUUGUUUAAUUAGGUAGAUGUUUUUAUGAUGCUGGGAAAAUAACUAGAGAUGAUAUUUUGGUAGUUUUAAUAUAUGUAGAAGUUACAAUGGUAAAUGUGUUUUCAUAUUUAUCAUAAUUUGGAAACUCUUAUUUUAUAGUAUGGAUAAUCUCUUUUUGUACACUUGCUUGUCAUGCAUACUUUUGGGAUGUUAAGAAGGAUUGGGGUUUAUUUUAAAUAAAUUCAAAUCAUAAACAUCUUAGAAAUUAAUUAGCAUUUAAACCUAUAUUUUAUUAUAUAGCAAUUGUUUUUGAAUUCUUUCUUCGUUUUGCUUGGAUUCUUUCUAUAUCACCUAAUAUGGCAUCAAUCAUUCAUAUUUGGUCACCUUUAUUCUCUCUAAUUAUGGCUAUUUUAGAAUUAUGUAGAAGAACAGUUUGGAAUAUAUUUAGAAUUGAGAAUGUACAUAUAUAAAAUAUGGGAGAUUUUAAAGCUGUCUAUCCAAUCUAAUUACCAUUUGAAUCAUUAAUUGAUUAAUAAUCUUAUGUAAACAUUAAAGAAUUAAGAAAAACACAAAUAGAUCCAAUCAAUAUUUCAUUAUUGAGUGGAACAUAAAAUUAAUAAUCUGUUGCAGGAUAAUACUUUUAAUUUAGAAAUUCAUUGAGAUCAGAUUCAUUAGAAGAUGAAUCUAAAUUAAAUUAAUUGUAAUAAUAGGAGUAAGAUUUAAUUGCUGAAACUAUGUUUGAGGAUAGAAAGAGAGAAAGUAUUUUAACUAUGAGAUAUUCUCAAUUUAAAAUUGAUCAUUAAAAUGAAAAAUAGACACUAAGUAAAUAAGAAUUACUAAGAGAUCUUUCAAUAAUUUAGGAAAUGAUCAAAAAAAUGAAUUGA